CAAAGAAACAAAACACUGGCAAUCAGAACAUGCUCAGUUUCCCCUAUAAAAGGCAGCCUCCUGAAAAUAAUGUCAAGCAACAAGCAGCAAAUACUAGGAAGUGUAUUAGAACUAGCUGCCUGGUGUCUUAAAAUACUUGCAAGUUUGAGUCUGGAAUGACAUCAAGUUCAGGAAUCUCACUAUCAUUCAUCUUACUAGUAAUUGUAUCACUACUUGUGGGUUCUGAAGCUGGUGGAAUAGCAAUCUAUUGGGGUCAGAAUGGAAAUGAAGGGACCUUGGCAGAGACUUGUGCUACAGGAAACUAUGACUUUGUAAACAUAGCUUUUCUUCCCACUUUUGGCAAUGGCCAGACUCCUGUGAUCAAUCUUGCUGGUCACUGCGAUCCCUACAGUAAUGGUUGCACAGGAUUGAGUUCUGAUAUUAAGUCCUGUCAAGCCAAAGGCAUUAAAGUGAUGCUUUCUAUUGGUGGAGGAGCUGGGAGUUAUUAUCUUGCAUCUACUGAGGAUGCCAAGCAGGUUGCUACUUACCUUUGGAAUAACUUCUUGGGGGGACAUUCAUCGUCUCGCCCACUCGGACCAGCUGUUCUAGAUGGAAUUGAUUUUGACAUUGAAGGAGGAACGAACCUACACUGGGAUGAUCUUGCAAGGUUCCUGUCAGCAUAUAGCAAGAAAGGUAAGAAAGUAUACUUAACUGCAGCUCCCCAGUGCCCAUUCCCUGAUUCUUGGGUAGGAAAUGCCCUUAAGACGGGUCUUUUUGACUAUGUUUGGGUUCAAUUCUACAACAAUCCUCCUUGUCAAUACUCCUCUGGAAGCAUUACCAAUCUUGAAGAUGCAUGGAAACAAUGGACUUCAGACAUCCCAGCUGACAAGAUUUUCCUGGGAUUACCUGCUGCUCCUGAUGCAGCUGGUAGUGGUUUCAUCCCGGUGGCUGAUCUUACUUCUAAGGUUCUUCCGGCAAUCAAGGGCUCUGGUAAGUAUGGAGGGGUUAUGCUGUGGUCCAAAUAUUAUGAUGAUCAAACUGGUUAUAGCAAGGCCAUCAAGAGCUCUGUUUGACUUAAACUUCUUUGCAGUUUUAUGUGAAUGGAUUUCUAGUUGUGUGAGCUAUGUACAAGCAUGUAUCUCUACAGUUAGUACUGUUUUAAGUAAAUAAAUGCAGUAAUCUUUGUUCUUGAUUUC